AUGACGGUUGGUGCCAGCCACGCAACAUGCAUCUUGAAAAGCUUGAUGUUUGGCAAGAUUGAACAGAGCACGAACAGCUGCAUGCAACCGGGCCACCCGGUCCAGGAAGCCUUGGUUUCAGGCUGGACCUGGCUUGUUCUGUCGGAGGUGUUGGAGCAGCAGUGGCCAGGCCUGCCGCUCCUGUACUCCGCGGUUUUGAACAAUUCCAACUCCGUCCACGCUGCCAGCACAGAAAUGGAAAGCACCAUGCAAUUGAAGACGCAACAUGUUCCAGCCGGCAGGGCAUUUUCUAGCACAGCUGCUCCUAGGGCGGAUAGGAUUCCUAUGCUCAGCGUGUCUGGCUCUGGUGCAGCGACAGCUGCAGAUGGGGCGGCUGCCAUGGAGUUGUCGGCGGAAGACAUGCUGCAGGACACGAGCUGUGGGCUUCAAGCAGAAGCCGGGUCUUUUGGGACCAAUAUCCCUGGGAGAACUGGCGCCUGA